AUGGCUAAAAGAACAAGGAAAUUUAUAAAAAAUUUAAAAAAUAUCCAAAAUGAAUUGGAUAAUAAAAAUAUACUUUUGAAAGAUUUGAAGAAAUUAAAAAAGUUGAAAAAAUUGGAUAAAAUGAAGAAAAUGUUGGAAGAAUUUAAAAAAGAAGUGAAAGAAGAAGACAAAGCCUAUCGUGAACGUUUUAUCUCAAAAUUCGAAUUUCUUGAGAAAAAUUGGAAAGAAUUAGUGAAAUCAAAUAAACAAUUAAAAAAUUUGGAGGAAGAUGGUUAUUUGAUUAUUGGCUAUUGUUUGGCAAAAAGAUUUCAAGUUAUUUUUAACGAGGAAGGACAGGCAAAGACAAAAUUUUAUAAAGAAACAGAUUCACAUUUAUUUAAAUAUGCGAGUGAAAUUAAUCAAAUUUUGGGAAAUAAAAGAGUAAAUUUGGAGUAA